CAUUGGCAACUUCGUUGACAGAAGAAGAAAGAUCGUCGGAAUUACUUUAUCCCGUUGUGAGUCGCAUUCGUCAUGUAUCAGCUCAAGUGGCUGCAGCGGUAAUCGUUGAAGCAGUAGAUGAAGGUUUAGCACGCGAUGAACGAAUUAUUAAUAUGGUACAAAAUGAUUGUGAAGAACUUAAAACUCGACAAGGAGAAAAAUGGGAGAAAUUGGUUAAAUUUGUUCAAGAAAACAUGUGGGACCCUA